AGCGAUCAAAAGGAAGUAAACAAACAUGGCUGUCUGUGUAUCUGUCAUCGGGAAGGAGAACAGUCCCCUGUACAUAUGGGUAGGCAACGGAAAGGAAGAACUACACCUCCACUACUUGGCCCACACUGCACUAGACGUCAUACAAGAGAAAGUGUCGGCAGUUAACAAGACUCCGGGGGACACAAGGGAGCUGUACUUGGGUCUCCUCUAUGCAUCAGAAGAGUACAAAGUUUUUGGCUACACAACCAACACGAGGAUCAAGUUUGUCAUCAUCACCGAUGCAGCCAACACCACACUCAGAGAUAAUGAGAUUAGAAUGAUGUUCCGCCGACUACAUAACAUGUACACCAAUGUUGUCUGUAACCCCUUCUAUGUUCCUGGAGAGCAGAUCACAUCAAGAGAGUUUGAUAAAGGAGUGGGAGCCUUAGUAGCUGGGAAUUAAGUAAAUCUCUUUGGCAUAAGAAGAAUGAAUGACUGGAAAUUGUUUUGGCCGAGCUGACAUAGAUACCGCAUUAUGUGUUCUGUUGAAAAGUAUCGCACUGUGUUAUGUUGUUGAAUGACAGUUUCCUUUUAGAAUAACACGCGUAGUGGGAAUGACGAUUUAUAUCUGUUUGAUAUUCAUCUGAGUGUUCUUUUAAUAAGAAAAUGUUUAAAGUUAGAGUUAUUACCCUUUAUUAAUUUUAUUUUAGUUAUUUAUAUAAGAUAUAAGAAUAAAUAGGGGAUAAUGGAGAUCCUGUUUAUAUUUAUCAUAUUUCAUUUUUACAAAUUUGUAUGCUGUCAUAUUUCAUUGAAAAAUAUUAUACAUUUGUUGUUCAGUGUUAGUAUUAAAACUUUUAUUACGUCAGUUUUUUUUUCCCCUGCGACAAAUGCCCUGCUCCAAAAGAGAAUUUUAUAUGUAUUUCCCAUGAUAACAUCCAUAAGUCUAGUAUUAGUUAAGUAAUGAUGUAUACAGUUUUUGUGAAUAGUUCGAGAAGAGAUCCAUAGGAACAUUAGAAUAUCAUUAACUUCUUUUCACUUGCAUAUACAAAUUAUAUGCAGUGUUUCCAAGAGAAUCUUUUAACCAACUGGCAAGGGAUAACAUCUGGCAAAUAAUCACAGGUGAAGGUUGACAUCAUAUCGUGUCAUGAGUCUGUGCCCCGCUUCCCAGGAAGACAUCUCACAUUCACUACCACAAGAUGGACAGUCACCCAGGCAUGGAGCUGUGCACACCAUUGAAUGCCCUUUUCUAAUUAUUCAAAAAAUUUGCUUGUCAUUAUUGGUUUAAAGCUUAUUGAAGGGAACUGCAUACAUGUAAGGUUUUUAGAAUUAAUUACAUAUAUGUGGGGAAGCAGCUUUUACAUCAGCAGGAAACAUAUAAUAUGCUUUUACAUUACUGAAUAUUGUUGACCAUCUAGCUUGAAAUGGCUGGUAUCCAGUGAUCAGUGUUUAUAAUGAGAAUGAGUUAUUUCUGAGAGGAAAAUAUAGGAAAUUUAUCACUCACUCUAAUUAUCUGUUACCUCUAUAAAUGCAGUUUUGACCUUUUUUUAAGCCAGAAGCUGUUGCAGUGCUUGUCUGAACAGGAAUAACAAUAGUUUUGGUGAAGAACAGGUCAAGAUUGAUGUUGUUUUAAAAUAUGUAUGAGACAGAGAAUGCAAUUACUGGUAAAAUAGGCACCAAAAUUAUCUACAAGACCAGACACAAUUUAAACUGUUGAAUCUAUUUGCCACAGACAGUGUCCUGAGUUCCUUGAGAUAUGUUGUAUAAACCCAAGUAAAAUUAUAAAGUUAAAUAUAUGCUGUUUCUGUGUUGGUGCUAGCUUUUACACGUCAUGUUUUCUAAUGUGUGUUGCUGGGGCCAGACAGAGAUUAAAUCUUGCUGUGUAUCUUAAAGAAGCAGAGUAGUUGAAGUGACAGAAUGAUAAUUAUAUGAUGAAACUGUUUUGUAAUACAUUUUCUUAGUCAUCUUUAUGCUUUUGUUUUGAUAGGAGCAGUUGUGUUCAGUAGAAGAAAUCUCUGUACAUAAUUAAAUAUAUUUAUCUAAUUUAGAAUAAGUAAAGAGAUAUUUUUGCCUCAUUUAGAAUGGUGAGUUGCAGGUGUACACAUUUCUCAAUCCAUUUACAGGCCAAUUUGAAAAAUAAAAUGUUGAAACUUC